UCUCGCCCAACAGUCGGUGCAGUUUGAGUGAAUCAACCAAAGUGUUUGGACAAGAAAUCCACGUCGCUCCGCUAUUCGCUUAAUUCUGCAGAAACUAUUCCGCGAGGACCCUCCCAAAAUAGUGAAAAAAUGUUCGGCAAUCGUCAACCAUCAUCCGGCGGAUUCCGCGGAGGUAGCCAAGGAGGAGGCCGUCCCAUGAACGGUAAUGGUGGAGGUUUCCGCGGUGGCGAUCGCCCCUCGGGAGGAUCCCGUGGCGGAAUGGGCGGAGGAGGUGGAGGUUUCGGAGGAAAUCGUGGCUCGUUCGAUCGGCAGGCCAACAAUGGCGCCUCGCUGCGUACACUGAAGUGGACCAGUGAAGAGCUGACCCCGUUCGAGAAAGAUUUUUACAAACCAACGGAAUUCAUCACGAACCUCUCGGAGACAGAAGUCAAAGGAUAUCUGGCCAAACUAGAGAUCACACUCAAGGGCAGAAACAUUCCCCGUCCCAGUAUGGAGUUUGAGCAGGGUGGUCUACCGGACUAUAUCAUGGAAGAAACGAACAAACAAGGUUUCACUAAACCUACGGCCAUCCAAGCACAGGGUAUGCCAAUUGCCCUCAGUGGUCGCGAUAUGGUAGGCAUCGCUCAAACAGGAUCGGGAAAAACGUUGGCUUACAUUGCGCCAGCUUUGGUACACAUUACACAUCAGGAUCAGCUUCGCCGUGGAGAAGGUCCGAUUGCAUUGGUACUGGCACCAACUCGUGAGCUGGCUCAGCAAAUCCAACAAGUCGCAACGGACUUUGGACAAAGGAUCAACGCUAACAACACUUGCGUAUUUGGAGGAGCCCCGAAGGGGCCUCAGAUCCGUGAUUUGGAACGUGGUGCGGAAAUAGUAAUAGCCACACCUGGUCGAUUGAUUGAUUUCCUCGAGCGCGGUAUCACUAACUUGCGUCGAUGCACCUAUCUGGUGCUUGAUGAGGCCGACCGUAUGCUCGAUAUGGGCUUUGAACCGCAAAUUCGCAAGAUUAUGGGACAGAUUCGUCCAGAUCGUCAAGUGCUGAUGUGGUCCGCCACAUGGCCCAAGGAAGUUCGCAAUUUGGCAGAAGAAUUUUUGAACGAUUACGUUCAAAUCAACAUUGGAUCGCUAAAUCUCUCGGCAAACCACAACAUUCUGCAAAUUGUGGAUGUUUGCGAAGACUAUGAAAAAGAUCAGAAACUGAUGAAGCUUCUGACGGAAAUCUCUGCGGAGAAUGAGACUAAGACGAUCAUCUUCGUUGAAACCAAACGGCGGGUGGACGAAAUCACCCGCAGUAUCAACCGCAAUGGUUGGAGAGCUGUUUCGAUUCACGGCGACAAAUCGCAGCAGGAACGUGACUACGUUCUUAAUGCAUUCCGAAAUGGGCGCCAGGGUAUCCUGGUGGCCACCGAUGUCGCUGCCCGUGGACUUGAUGUCGAAGACGUGAAGUUUGUAAUUAAUUACGACUACCCGUCAAAUUCAGAAGAUUACGUUCAUCGUAUUGGUAGAACUGGCCGUUCUAACAAUACCGGCACUGCGUACACGCUGUUCACCAAUUCCAACGCCAACAAGGCCGGAGACCUCAUCAAUGUUCUGCGAGAAGCCAAUCAGGUCAUCAACCCGAAACUGGCUGACAUGGCCAAACCCGGUAUGAAUGGACGCGGAGGACGCAACCGGUAUGGUAAUCGUUUCGGUGGUCAACAAAACCGGCCACCACGCGACGGAGGUUUCGGUGGACAGCGCAACGAUGGAGGUCACCGAUUUGGCGGCGGUAUGCACAACAAAUUCGGAGGAGGACCACGUGGGGAUGUUGGUGGUGACAAGUACGGUUCGAAACCGGCUCAGAACGGCGGCUACCAACAGCGUGAUCAAAAUCGCAUUCCAAAUGGAUCUGGCCCACCAAAUGGAGCCGGUGCCCGUCCGAGUCGAUUCUCAGCUCCAGCCAAUGCACCACCAUCAUUCCCGUCGGGUGGAAACGGAAAUAGCUACAAUAAGGGGGGAUAUCCAAGUAAUAAUACUACCGGUGGAACCAGUGGUCCGACCAGCAACGGUUACGGAUCGUACAAACCUUACACAUCCGCUCCACCUUCCCAAAAUGCCGCUGGGGGCGCGUCUUUCGGCGGAUAUACCAGAAGUACACCUGCUCUUUCCUCCGGCUACCAGUUCGGAGGUGCCCUAUCACAACCUGCACAGUCGUUUGCAUUCCCCCCACCUGCGGUCGCGAUGAAUUAAACCUAUAAUUUUAUCAUCCCUUGAACUUCAUUCUUAUCUCAUUGAAUUAUCUUUUUUUACUGACUCCAUCUAACACAUAGAACAAAGCGUGAUUAAUUAGUUUUUACUGUGAAAAAGAUACAAAAAUUAGAAAACGAAGUAACUAGCAUUAAGGACGUCCUAUUUAUUUAAUUGAUUGUUAUUAGCAGGUAUUGACAUACAAAAGAAAUUGAGAAUUUUCACUUUCAAGUAGCUGCUAGUUGAAUUCUGAACAAUUUCUUUUUUCUUAUCCUCGAUACGAUUGAUUACAUAAAUGUGAUAAUGGUAGCACUUAGUCUACAAAAGAAAAAAAAAAAAACAGAAAUUAUUUCUGUUACCACUUUCCUCGAAUGAGAACCAACUUGCAAUUUUGUAUUUAUUAUAAUUUGUAUGGAGGCUGUUCUGCGUUGACGCAGAGAUCUACUGUGAAUUUAAUAGAUGUAUGAUGUGAAAUGGGAAGUGAUGGUUGAAAGUGUGAAAAAUAGUGAAUAAAUUGAUACAAAAAAAAUAAAAAACAGAAGGUUUUGAAAAUCACACAGAAUUUAGACAAAAUGUGUGGAGGGCAGCGAUGGUAUCAGUCGGAUGCCCAUUGAUGGAAAUAGUAUUCAACAAUAUGAUAACUCAUCGAGGAUCAAAAUGUUUCGAAAUGCACUGUAUUCCACACAUUAAAUCUACUAGUGUUGCAAUAGUUUACUAACCCAAUUCUUUACAGCAAAUAUCAGAAUUAAUUAGUACUUACUAACAAAUCUGAUCCAUGUAAUUUGUUUUACUGGAACUACAACAGUGAAAUAAAAGGCAUUCGUUGGAGUAAUAUUCAUGGUACAAUAAAAAAGUGGUAUCCAAA